CUUCUAGACAACAGGUACCUGUGAAGCAGAAUAAUGCAAUAACAAGCAGGUUGUCGGAGCCACAGAGAAAAGAUAGCAUUGGAUUUAUCCUUAUUUCCCCUUUAGGGGUUCUUCACCUUUCAGACUUUGGUCUACCCUUCUCCAAUCCAGCUCCUAAAGUGACACCUCACAGGCAGUUAUUUCUGGAUGACCCUACAUCAAAAACAGACUCUCGGAAGCUAUAGAUUGCCACCUUCGAGGCUGCUUUCCAUAUGCAGGUAACCCAAGAAGGCCUCUUCUGUGCUCGCUAAUCUACUAAAGAGACUUAAUUUUGCCGAAAAGCUCCGUAGGUUUCUUUGUCUUGGACAGCCACCUCACUGCAAUAUUCUUUUAGGAUUUAUUUAUUAGGAGUUUGCUUUCAGGGCGAAAACAUAGACAUCUGACGUUACGUACCACCAUUUAGAGGGUGUGUUUUUGGAAUUCCUGUCUUGAUUGAUUUCUACUCAGAACAACUUGUCCAUUGUUGUUGCUGUCCAUAAACCACCAUCUUUGGUCCUCCCGGAGGGCAGCAGAAGAAAGAAAAAAAGAGGUGUGCAUUUUAUAGCCAAGGUGAAGGAUACCCAUAAUGGCAUCUGCAGGGCUAGAGAUCAUGGCAAUGGGCCUCUGUAUCUUUGGCUGGUUGGGGACUAUCCUUUCAUGUGCAUUGCCCAUGUGGAAGGUUUCAGCAUUCAUCGGAAACAACAUUGUUGUGGCGCAGAUAAUCUGGGAGGGACUGUGGAUGAAUUGUGUUGUGCAGAGUACUGGCCAGAUGCAGUGUAAGAUCUAUGAUUCCAUGCUAGCCCUGCCUCAAGAUAUUCAAGCUGCCCGGGCCCUCAUGGUUAUCUCUGUGGUGCUUGCUGUCCUGGCAUUGUUGGUGAGUAUUGUUGGAGCCAAGUGUACCAACUGUGUGGAGGAAGAAGGUGCCAAGGCACGUAUUGUCAUUACCUCAGGUGCCUUCUUUAUCGUCUCAGGACUUCUCGCACUUAUUCCUGUCUGCUGGUGUGCCAACUCCAUCAUCCGUGACUUUUACAAUCCAAUUGUGGCUGAAUCUCUCAAAAGGGAACUGGGGGCUGCUCUCUAUGUUGGUUGGGCAGCUUCUGCCUUACUACUCCUUGGAGGAUCACUCCUGUGCUGCUCCUGCCCGCCAAGGGACAACCGUUACCCAGGCCGUAUUGCAUAUUCUGUUCCAGCCAGAUCUACUGCUCCACCAGGCAGUACGAUUGACAAGCGGGAUUAUGUCUGAGCAGUUGUAGUGGUGAGGUGGUGAUGAAAUUUGCCAGAUACUGCAGGACCCAAACUAGGACAGGCAUUAUUGGCCCAAGGACUUCUGGAACAAGAAGAUAGGACAACCUUAUCAGUUUGGGUUUAGCUAUGAUAUCUGGCAAUUCUGGAAUGUUGGUGCAUGUAUAUAUGUGCAUGUAUGUGUGGGUAUACAAGUAUAAUGAGUGAUGUGAGUGACUGAGGAAAUGUGAACAAAUAAAGGGAUAUGAGAGACAAUGAACAAAUCUUUUUAAAUGAGAUGAAUACAUCAGCAAACACAAGUGGAAUGCAGGAACAACUGGGGCAGCUGAACAAACAAGGGCAGGUUUAGGACAAGUAUAUGGAUAAAUUAACAGUGCAUAACAUGUAUGUGGAGGUGAAAAAUAAAGAAGUAGAGGAAGAAGACUAGAAACACCAUGAUAGCAAUGGCUUUGCCAUCUGGAGAAUGAAAUACUGUAAUUAUCUUAGGCCAAAGUAAUGGUCUUCUCCUAUUGCCUGUUGUCCCUUCAAAGACUUCAGGCUGUUCCUUCUCUUGGAAGACUGCACUGUGAGACACAAGGUAUGCCUUGGGCUUCUAAACUGGCUGGAUAACGUCAUAAGCGGGCCUGUCAGGGAUGAUGAAGUAUGAGUUAAAUUUCCAACCGGUUAACUUUUGAAUAGAAUGUUGCAAUAAUGAAAAGUGGUUAGGCAUCUGUAGCAGAGGAUUUUACAGGAAAGAGAUUAUUUGGGUCCAUUUAAGUCAGGGUUCAGGCUGUAUAGCAGAGGUGUCAAUCACGAUUUCAUUGAGGGCUGCAUCAGGGUUGUAUUUGACCUUGGGGGACUGGAGUGGGCAUGGCUAGCUCAAUGUCAUUUGUGUCAGGGACACCUGUGGUGGCCAAGUGCUAAGGCAGGACUUCCCUCAAACCUUCUCUCCCUCUCUCUCAUUAUAAUCUUCCUCCCUCCCUCCCUCCCUCCCUUCCUUUUCUUCUUUUUCCUUCCCUCUUCAUUCUCCUUUUUUCUUCCUUCCCCUUUUUCCUUAUUUUUCCUUCCUUGCUCUCUUCACAUCUUUCCUUCUUUGUCUUUCCUCUUUCCUGUCCAUUGGAUGCUCAAAUGCAAAAGGGGAAACAUUUCUCCUUUUGUUUUGCUUUUAGUUUUUUUGCUAGUCCUCUGCCAGUGAACAUGGACCCUGGAGGGAGGACACACUGCCCCCCUGGACAACCUUUUUGCUGGCAGUGGCAUUGUGGGCUGUUCCUUCACUGUUUCUGAGGUGGCCCCUCGGGCCAGAUCAAAGCACUCCAUGGGCCAGAUUCAGCACGCGGGCCUUGAGUUUGACACCCCUGCUGUAUAGUAGAGUACAGUACAGAAAAAUACAGAGACAGAGGCAGCAUUAGCUGCACUUGCUGAUGAUCUUUGGGGAAGCUGGGAUGGGAGUGGUGCUCUUGAUCUCUCAGUGGCUUCAGUACCAAUGAUGAAUGAUCGCAGUAUCCUUCUGGACCAGCUGCAGGAUUUGGGGAAGGGAGGCAUCAUUUUAUAGUGCUUCUCCUCUUUCCCAGGGGUCAGCUCCAAUCAGUGCUUGGGGAGGGAAUGUUGCAGCUCUUUGUUUCUAAGGUGUGUCAGAGCUUGAAGCUUCUCCCCUCUUGCUCAGCAACUACUUGAAACAAUCAGAUGAAGCCAUCUGUCAGUAUCACCAGUAUCAGAUGAUACCCAUCUUGAUCCCAGACUGUCCAGAUGAUGCUGUUAAUGUCCUGUCACAGUGUCUAGAGCAAGGGUGGUUUCUAUUUACCUUUACUACCGGUUUGUAUCACGCUCAUGCCUGCGCUCUUUCUUCUGUGCAUGCGCAGAUCACCUAUGAUGAUGUCCGGGUCAGUGGGCGGAGCCUCCCACCAGUUUUACAACUGGUUCUUGCAAACUGGUCUGAACCAGGGGCAACCCACCACUGGUCUAGAGGUUGUUCAGGUCUCGAUGGGGAAGAACAAAUUGAUUCAAUCCUGACAAGACAAAAUGGUCUAUGUUUAUUCCCUCCCACCCUUGAUCUGGGGAUUUUCCAUCUUUAGUUUUAUAUGAGAUAGUACUUCCCCACUUUAGACUGUAGGCAACUUGAGGAUAAUCCUUGAUCCAUAGUUCUUAUUCAAACAGCAGGUAGCAAGCUGUGGCCAUUGGGGGGUGGGGGUGGGCUUUGCACAGAUUCAUCUGUUGCCCUAGUUGCACCUGUACCUAGGUUGGGAGGCCCUUUAGAUGUUCACCUAGGCCCUAGAGACCUCAUGAAUGGACUACUGCAAUAUACGAUGCACACGAGUCUGCCUUUGAAGACCACUCGAAAGUUACAACUGUUCCAGAAUGCAGCAGUGCAGGCAAUGAUGUUCAUGCUAUGAUUUACUCAUUUAUCAUUGCUACUGCGUGAGCUGCACUGGUUCCCAUUCUGUUUCUAGGUAUAAUUCGAGGUCCUGAUUAUUACUUAUACAUGGUUUCAUUGGCCUGGUUAUUUGAUGAAUUGCCUGUUCUGAUAGUCCCAAAGGUGCUUUUUCAGGAGGCAACUGGACUUUCUUGUUUUUCCUUUUGAAGAUGUUUCACUUCUCAUCCAAGAAGCUUCUUCAGCUCUGACAGGAUAGCGGGGAAGCUGAAGAAGCUUCUUGGAUAGAAAGUGAAAUGUCUUCAAAAGAAAAAAAAAUCAAGAAAGUUGAACUGCCUCCUGAAAAAGCACCUUUGGGACAACCAUGACCUGGAUGAUUGAGAACCACUACAGGACUGUUCUGGCAAUUUCUAUUCACCCAGUAAGAUUAGGCAGAGAUGAUGCAUUCCAAAUCCCUUUAAUUAAGCAAUGUGGAAACCUAGGCAGUGUGUCUUCUCUAUUGCAAUACCUAUCGUCUGGAACGGCAUCCCAUCUAAGGCUCUCAUUCUGAUGACAUUCCAAAAUAUUUUGGAAGGUAAGGUGGGUGUAGAACCUCUGACAGUUGUUUCCUUGAUUUUUCCCCCCUGAAUGUACAUGUUUCCACCCCCCUCCUUGUUAUAUGGUUUUCUUAUUUUUUUUAAAUGUAAGAUGCUCAGCAUGACCUGGAGUUGGAUGUCCCUUCCAUUUAAAUACACAAAUAAAUAAAUACAUAUCCUUUGUCUCAAUCAGCACAUUGCUUUGGGCCUGCUUAGGCAGAUGUACAAAGAACAUGAGGCUAUGAGAACAGGUCAAGAAGCAGACAAAUUAAAUAAUGAGAGGAACAGAAAAUGGCACUGAGAACUGGUUAUUUUAUAAACUCUUUUGACUAUUCUGAUACAAAAGCCAUUCUUUUUGGGUCAAAAUCAGCAUCUAAAGAAUAAAGAGACACAGAGUUGAAGAAAAACGGCGAAUUUAAUUCUGAAACGAGCACAAGAGGAAUGAAUGCAUGCCUGACUGAAAGAAUCGGGGACUUAAAGAAUGCAAGAAGACUUGGGAAGAAAAAAGGUAACCAACCCAAACCUGCAUAGAUAACAAAUGAUUCAUGAAAGAUGUAAAUAUUGGACAAAGGCCAGAAUCCCCUGCAAAGAAGAUGCAGGAAAAAGAAGACUGAAGUUGGGAGCAAAGACAUUAGUUUAGAUUUAGUUAAAAAAAAAAAAAGUUGUUUGGAGCAGAUGGGGUGGGUGGGAAAGAACCCUGACCCUACAAUUACAAGGGACUGGUGCUAUUUGCUCUCUGGUUAAUAAUUAGUGGAGGAUUUGGCUAUUCUCAGGGGCCUGGGUAAACAAAGGGGUCUGUUACCUCCCUGACCAUUGAUCUUUACCUAUUACAACCACCUGCUUCAGACCUGGAUAGAAAGAAAUUCAGCAGAAAGGAAUAGGACUUUGAACAAAUGCAUUUAAGCCCCAUUCCUUUUACAGAAAUAUUCCGGCUUGCAAAUCUGUUUGACUUUUCCCUGGAAAAAGAUUAUUUCUCUCUUGUUUUGCUCUAUGUGUUUGGUUUUUCAAAGAUGUUCUGAAAUCAGGUAAUUUGCUUAAGCUGGAAAAUAUUAUGGGGAUCCUUUCCAUGAGCUUGUAUAGUGUUAACUGACAACUAUAUUGUUAUAUUAUUCAGAUAAAUUAAAAAAAAAUUGUAACCUGA